UUCCGACACCGCCAUCUAAAACACUCACUCGUUCGUUCACCUGAGCCGCGACGAAGAAGAAGGAGUCGAAUCUGACUGUAAGGAUUUAGGGUUUAUAGGAUUGUAGGAAGACGAAGAGCAAGAAGAAUCAGCGUUUUUUCUUGAAGAUAAACAAUGGCGCAAGACUCGGAGAAGAGAUUUCACCAAAUCAUGGACAAGCUCUUCACUCCUUCGAAAUCUCAGCCUUCAUCUUCCUCAACCAGUAGUUCAUCUGUAGAGCAACAAUCAAGAGGCAAGAAGCGUCCAAAUCCUUCGUCUGCGUUAGCACUGGUUGAGCCAAAGAGGGUAUUAGCUACCAUUGAUAGGUCUUCAGCUUUUAAAGUCCCUGCCGGUUCAUCACCGUCUGGUCUUUGCAGGCCGUGGGAUAGAGGAGAUCUUAUGAGGAGGCUUGCUACUUUUAAGUCCAUGACAUGGUUUGCCAAACCCCAGUGUAUUAGUGCGGUAAAUUGCGCGAGGAGAGGGUGGGUGAAUGAUGAUGCAGAUUCUAUAGCUUGUGAAUCUUGUGGAGCUCAUCUUUAUUUUUCAGCGCCAGCUUCUUGGUCAAAGCAACAAGUGGAGAGAGCGGCAUUAGUCUUCAGCUUAAAGCUGGAUAAUGGACACAAAUUACUUUGUCCGUGGAUAGAGAAUUCAUGCGAAGAAACACUUUCUGAGUUUCCUGCUAUGACACCGCAGGAUUUAGUCGAUCGACAUGAAGAACGGUCAGAAGCUUUGCUUCAACUGUUGGCCCUGCCUAUUAUUUCGCCAUCAGCCAUUGAUUACAUGAGGAGCUCUGAUCUGGAAGAAUUUCUCAAACAACCUAUUGCACCUGCAUCUGGUGACACAGCACCAGAAAGUUCUCAAACAGAUUCCCUUAUCAAUCAUGUUGGAGCGAGUCCGGCUCAACUUUUCUACCAGGCACAAAAACUUAUCAGUUUAUGUGGCUGGGAACCACGGGCACUUCCUUAUAUUGUGGACUGCAAAGAUAAAUCGACUGAGACUGCUAGGGGUACAGAUACUAUUGAUUUACUGCCAGAAACUGCUACCCGCGAGCUUCUAAGAAUCUCUGAUUCAACCUUGAUUCCAACUGAAAUAUCAGGGAAUAAUGAGAACCCAACCCUUCCUGACACAUUAAACUCUGAUCCUAGUUCUGUUGUACUGGACUGCAAGCUCUGUGGAGCCUGUGUUGGUCUAUGGGUUUUCUCAACUGUUACAAGACCACUUGAAUUGUGUAGAGUAACUGGUGAUACGGAAAUUAGUACAGAGAAACAUCCUGGGGGUGGUACACUUCAAAAGCAACCUUCAAGCUUAAAGUUUACUAUAGCAGGAGGACCCCCAGCAACAAAACAAAACUUCAAAGCAACAAUAUCGCUGCCUAUUAUCGGAAGGAACUUGAGGUCAAGAUUUGCUUCUUACUCCAGAGAUCAUGAUCAUGGGGAUGUCAGUUCUAUUCAGGAUCAACAGAGUAAAAUUGCAGAGAAAAAUGGUGGUGUUACACAAGAUAGUGAUCAAGCAAUGAAUGAUAUAGGAGAUAAGGCUGAUGGAGGAAAAAACUCAACUGAUAUAGAGAGUGAUAUUGCAGUACAAAACAAAGGCAAACAAAUGAUGGUAGAAACAUCAACUCUUUCAGAAAAAUACAAACCCAAGGAUUCAACUGCAGAUGCAGGAAAAUCAGCAAUGGCAAACAAACAGAUGGAAUUUGAUCCAAUCAAGCAACAUAGACAUUUCUGUCCUUGGAUCUGGUCAACGGGUAGAAGAGGCCCUGGAUGGCGACAGACUCUGUCUGCGUUACAACGCCAUAAAGGAUCUUGUCAGACUCCACCAUCACCCUCUUCCCUCUUCAAGGUAGAUGAUCCGUUAACAUCUGUCAGAAACCUUUUCAAGUCGCCAUCCCCUAAAAAGCGAAGAUUAAAUGGAGGAUCGUCAAGCUGAGAGACCAGACAGUUUUGUUCCUGAAAAAAUCUUGAUCCCUUUUGGUCUACACUGCAUCCGAAAUUUUUUGAAACUUGAAAAUAACAUUCAUGUGUUCUGAGUUAUUUGUUGACUUCUCAAAUGAGUAAUCUAUGUUGAUACACAUAUUAGUUCGUACC